UCUGCACUGUCGAUGUUGUCAUUCAAGAUCAAGUUCUGAUCUCUAGAGAGUAAACACAUCCUUAUGAUGCAGUCGUCGUUUAUUGUAUAAAUCUUGAUUUGGAGAAAGUUUGGACGAUUUAAACGAGUUUAUCAUUGGAUAGAGCUGGGUUGCUUAUGAGUCAAUGGACUGCCAGUUGCAUGAAAACAUUUACCAGCAUCGAGGAAGCAGCUGGGAUGCCAUUGGCGUCUUUUAAUAUUAUUUUACUCCCGAGAAAACAAAACAUUUGAUUCAGCUCAUCAGAUUUUGUUGCUUACAAUGGCCAAUCUUCUCUUCAAUAAAUUGAUGGAGAGUGCCAAGGCAAUUGAAGGUGGUAAUCUGGAUCUUGCAGAGUCACUUCUGGAGGAAAUCAGACAUCUAGUUUCUACAGAACCCAACAUAGCAACAAGGAAGGUUGUGAAAAACUUUGCAGAGGCUUUAGUCCGGCGAGUCAAUGGACUGCAUCCUCGAUAUCCUUUGCCGUUAGUACCUUCCUCAAAUCUAGAGGACUUCUACAAUUAUGUAUUUUAUCCUUUCUACUGGUUUUCUUACUUCACCACCACGCAUGCCAUCCAUGCCUUCCGCACUGGAAAUAAACCACUCCAUGUUAUUGAUUUCUCAGUCAUGCUAUACACCUCUUUGUGGCAUGAUUUGAUGCGAGAUCUUGCGAAUCAGCCUGGUGGCCUGCCAUCUUUUCGGUUGACCAGCAUCGUGCCGAAACUGUCAAGGAAUUUUGACUACCUACAACAAAUACGCAGUAAACUCACUCGAGCUGCUGAACGGCUCAGGGUUGAUUUUGAAUUGAGACAAGUGGUGGCCAAUAAUGCGAAAGAAAUCAUUGAAUGUUGUGUGUCUAAGAUCAGAAGGACAAGGGAGGAUGAGAUGCUAGUCGUGAGAUGGUCGUUUUCACUUCACAAGUUGCUUUCACAGGAAGGUGCCCUUGAGCAGGUGCUCUCAAAGGUGAAGGAUUUAAAACCAGACAUCAUGAUAAUUGUCGAGCAGGAAGCCAAUCAUAACGGGUCUGAUUUCAUGGACCGGUUUGUCAAGUCAUUUCAAUACUACUCCACUAUUUUUCACUCACUAGAGGAGGACAACUUCUACCGCGAUGUGGAUGGCAUGGAGUUGUGGAAGAGGAAUUUCAGACGGCAAAUUGGGAACGUGGUGGCAUGUGAGGGCAUUGACAGGGUCGAGCGGCAUGAGUCAUUGUAUCAAUGGCAAGAGCGGCUAUUGCAUGCUGGGUUUCAUCCAAUGCAACAGUGGUGGAAGAACGAUAGACAUACUCUCCAGUUGAAAUACAGAAUACAAGAGAAGGAUGGACAUCCUAUGCUAUAUCGGCACAAUUGCCCCCUUCUUGUCACCUCGGUUUGGAAACACUCUGACCCAUCUCAGUUCAGUGAUGGUUCUAUCACAUUACAAGAUGUAACUAUGUUCCCUCUAGCUGAGAAGUCUGACUUGAUGACUUCUUCUGAGUCUGUGGAUGAACAAGCAGAUGAUAGGGAAGACAGUAUGUGGUCUCCAAGGGUAGCUUUCUAAGUUUCCAAUUACUUUCCUCUAGUUUGCAGCUUCAGUUUGAAUCUUCUUGUUUUUUGAUGGAAUGAAUCCUCCAUCGUCCUGUAGUUUCUUUAAACAAAAUUGGUGAAGAUCCGCAUCAGUAACCUAAUUUGAUUUCUGAUACAUAUUGUGCUGUUAAAAUAUAGACAUUCAUUGGAAUAUGUAUGUCAUGUACAUAAGUUUCCACUGGCAUUGACAUGGAUUUCCCAUGGUGGGGAGGGUAAUGCAAAUUCAAAUGGGAAACGUAUUCUACAGAUUGAGGAUAUGGCUUGCUAUGUAAACAGUUGCUGGAAGAACAGAUUUGUUGAUGGAUAUGUGGAGUGCUAUAUUAAGGAAGGGCAAGGUAUUGCUGGUAAAGCACUUCAAUCGAAUCUGUAUUUUGUUCCUCAUAUUUCUCUGCUGGAUGCGGUCGAUUAUCCAUUCGUUGACUAUGCACACAAGUAUUUCCUUCAUGCUGCUGUUGCAAUCAAGCUCACAAGCACCUAUACCAGCACCAGCAUCAACGAUUACGUAGUAGAAUUUUUUCUCCCUCCUCACUUGAAAGAAAGUUCAGAACAACAUCUUUCAAUAAAUGGACUCCUAUGCACCUUGCAGAAGAAAUGCGGUAAUUUGUGGAAACUUUGGUGUAUGGAAACAAAUAAGCUUAAUGGCUCCAGAGCAAUGCUUGGGGAGGUAGGUGUCUCUAGCAUCCCACCAGCAGCUGUUUCUAGGAGCUCUCAAAUGGUACUAUCAGAUGGUAUGCCAAGCAUAAAUGAAAUCAUGGAACUAGACAUAUCUAACCAGACCAGUGAUGGGAUGGAAACACAUCAGACUCUUGAACAGGAAGUCAGACAACAAUAUGCAAUGGCUACUCCUGGUAUAAAUGCUGAAAGAGAGUUGCCUAGCAAUGGCAAUGCCAACCGAGACAUGGUUAUUAACAAAAAACGAAAGGUAUCCAGUGUGUGGGAGGGAUUUAAGAAGCAUGAAGGAAAAUAUGGUGAAGCAUGGGCUACAUGUAAAUAUUGUAAUAAGCGGUAUCGUGCUGAAAGCACGAGGGGAACUUCAAAUUUACAUAAACAUUUACAAAAAUGCUUGUCCAAGAGACAGGGAGGAGCAGAACAACAAUCAUCACCUCUGGUUGAAUCUGAUGAUUUAAUAAGUUCCAUCCAAAGAAAUUUUGUGUUCGAUCAAGAAAGAAGUCAUCUAAACAUCGCAAGAAUGAUGAUUAAGCAUGGAUAUCCACUGGAUAUGGUUCAGCAUGAGUUUUUCGAAACUUUUGUGAAGAAUUUGCAGCCAAUGUUUCAACUUCAUUCGAAAGACAUGGUUGAAGCUGAUGUUCUUGCUAUUUAUAGACAAGAGAAGGAGAAGCUCAUCAGAUGUUUCAAUAACCUCUCUUGUCUGUUCUGUUUAACAAUUGAAUUGCUGUCGUCUGACGACAGAAAGAUGACAUACUGUUGCUUGACCUUGCAUUUCAUUGAUGAUGAAUGGAAGCAGAAGAAGAAGAUUCUUGCUUUCAGGAAUCUACAGGGCAAUUACGAUGCAGAAACUAUACAAGAAAUCAUUAGAAGUGUGCUUAUAGAGUGGGGCAUUGGCAAGAAUUUGAAUUUCAUAUGGUUAAAUAUUGCUCCUCCAAAUGAUCAGAUGAUUGGAGAAUUAAAAAGUAAGCUUUCUGACCAAGACUCACUUCUCAAUGGGGAUGAAUGUUUUUUAUCUUCUUAUGCACAAAUUGUUCAUCUUCUUAUUCAAGAUGGACUUUUCGAGAUAAAGAGUGUUCUUUGUAAGAUUAGAGAAUCUAUUGCAUAUGUCAAUGGAACACAAGAUAGAAGAGAAAUGUUUCAGAAGGCAAUCAAUCAACUGAAGUUGCAAGACAAGAACAAGGCUUCUCUAGAUGUUCCUACAAGAUGGGAUACCACCUUUUCGAUGCUCGAGAAUGCAUUAGACUUAAGAAAUGCCUUUGCUUACCUUGAACAAACUGACAGCGAAUUCAGAGUGAAUCCAUCCGUGGAAGAGUGGAGCAUAUCAACGAUCAUACUGGACUGCUUGAAAGUGUUGAUAUUGCAUGAGUCCGCAAGCAAUGCUUCUACAGGCGUAGAAUUGUAUUUCCUGAACGUUUGUGGUGUCUAUAAGAAUUUGAUACAAUGGAAGAGGAGCCAACAUGCAUUUGUUCGCUCGAUGGCAGAUAGAAUGCUGGUGAGAUUUGAUGAGUUUUGGAGCAAGUUUUGCUUGGCUUUGGGAAUCUUAACAAUUCUCAACCCAUGCUUUAAACUUGAUGUUGUGGAGUACGGCUACAGCCAGAUUUAUGGCAGUGAUGCAAACUUAUUCUUGCCAAGACUCCAUAACGAUCUUAAAAGGGUGUACCAUAGAUAUUCUAGUGACUCCAGUAAUCCGGCAGCAUCCACUUCCACUCUUGCUGAUGUGAAUUGCUGCACAUCAUUUAAUCCAACUUCUGAAGAUAUGCUUCAAGGAUUCAGGGCGUGGCAGAAGCGUAAAUAUGAAAGCAAUUCGCUGGAUUCGCAGAAGGUUGAACUUGAUCAGUAUUUAGAGCAACCUCCAGAAAACUUGAGUAAGGAUUAUAAUGUCUUGGAAUGGUGGCAUGCCAAUGCUCCAAAAUUCCCAAUACUCGGAAGAAUGGCUCGUGAUUUCUUUGCAAUUCCUGUAUCAACUAUUGUUUCAAAAUCUUCUGCAGCUGAAGAAGCAGUGAAGAUGAACUCAACCUUUAAUCACGUACGUCCUGAAAUUGUAGAGGCUUUAAUAUGUGGGAGGGAUUGGCUGGAGAGUCCUUUGCAAGUCCUCUUUUAAAAAAAAUACUCCCAUUUCUAGUGUUUUUUUUUUUUUUUUUUUGUGGGGGGUUGCUAUUUUAAGUAAUUCUACUGUUAUUAUAAAAUGCAGCUAGAAAUAUUUUACACAUUGGAUUUGUGCUGUGUAUUCAGUGGUAUCACUCUUUUCUUGUUUAA